GAAUGUUGUCCUGGGAUUCGAAUCUCUUUAGAACAGCCUCAUUUGCUACAUGCGUCGACUACUCCCCCUCCCCCUUAAGGAGGCGGGCCUUUCUCGCUGGGCUGCGAGUGGAGACUAAGAAGCCCGGGCGGCGGGCAGGCAGGUGCACGGCGUCAGCAAAAGCCCCCUGAACUUCUCCAUUCUUCUAAGGCUGCCUGCUGUUACCCUGGAAGAUCAUGAAACGAGGUCGACUUCCCAGCAGCAGCGAAGAUUCUGAUGACAAUGGCAGCUUGUCAACCUGGUCCCAGCAUUCUAGGUCUCAGCAUCGGAGGAGUUCAUGCUCCAAGCAUGAAGACCGGAAACCAUCAGAGCUGGCACCCAGCAACCUUUCUUCUGGCCAGGAGAUCAGGGAGCUCAACUGCUGCCACAGUCCCUGCCAGCAUCAAGUUUUUAGAACAGACCUGAUCACUGCCAUGAAGCUGCCUGAUUCCUACCAGCUGAACCCUGAUGAGUACUAUGUGCUGGCAGAUCCUUGGAGACAGGAAUGGGAGAAAGGAGUUCAGGUGCCAGUCAGUCCAGGGACCAUUCCAGAGCCAGUGGCCAGGAUUGUAUCUGAGACUAAAGCAGUUAUAUUUACAAGACCUCGGAAGUACAUCCUUUCCUCUGGUUCUGAGCCCCCUGAGCUCGGCUAUGUUGAUAUUCGAACUUUGGCAGAGAGUGUAUGUCGCUAUGAUCUUAACUACAUGGAUGUAGCAUGGUUGGAACUGGCCAAUGAAGAAUUCAAAGAAAUGGGGAUGCCUGAACUAGAUGAAUACACCAUGGAGAGAAUCAUGGAAGAAUUUGAACAGCGAUGCUAUGACAACAUGAAUCAUGCUAUCGAGACCGAGGAAGGGCUUGGAAUUGAGUAUGAUGAGGAUGUUGUCUGCGAUGUUUGCCAGUCUCCAGAUGGCGAAGAUGGCAAUGAGAUGGUGUUCUGUGACAAAUGCAAUAUUUGCGUUCAUCAGGCAUGCUAUGGCAUCCUAAAAGUUCCAGAAGGCAGCUGGCUAUGCCGAACUUGUGCUCUUGGUGUUCAGCCAAAGUGUUUGUUGUGUCCCAAGAAAGGCGGAGCCAUGAAGCCCACUCGUAGUGGGACUAAGUGGGUUCACGUUAGCUGUGCCCUCUGGAUUCCUGAGGUGAGCAUUGGCAGCCCAGAAAAGAUGGAACCCAUCACAAAGGUCUCCCAUAUUCCCAGCAGCAGAUGGGCCUUGGUGUGCAGUCUUUGCAACGAGAAGGUUGGGGCAUCCAUACAGUGUUCAGUGAAAAACUGCCGCACAGCCUUCCACGUCACUUGUGCAUUUGACCGUGGCUUGGAGAUGAAGACCAUUCUGGCUGACAAUGAUGAAGUCAAAUUCAAGUCUUACUGCCCAAAGCACAGCUCCACCAAGAAGCCAGAUGAGGAAAACCUCAGUGAAUUCACCAGCCAGGAGAAUGAGAAUGGGGCACAGGAAAGUUCUCCUCCUGCUCACAUAGAGCCCUUUGACAGCAUGGAUCAAAACCAGGAGGAGGCCCACAGGGUCAGCGUUCGCAAGCAGAAGCUUCAGCAACUGGAGGAUGAGUUCUAUGCCUUUGUCAACGCCUCAGAAGUGGCCAAGGCUCUGCAGCUUCCGGAGGAUUCAGUAGAAUUCUUGUACCAGUACUGGAAGUUGAAGCGGAAAUCAAACUUCAACAAACCUUUGAUCACCCCAAAGAAAGAUGAAGAGGACAAUCUGGCCAAACGCGAGCAGGACGUUCUGUUCAGGCGACUACAGCUUUUCACCCACCUCCGCCAGGAUUUGGAGCGGGUACGAAACCUCACAUACAUGGUGACCCGAAGAGAAAAAAUUAAAAGAUCUGUUUGCAAAGUCCAAGAACAGAUAUUCAAUCUCUACACCAAUCUUGUGGAGCAUGAAAGGGUUUCCGGCAUGCCUUCCUCUUUCUCCUCUAUGGAAAACAUGGUGCUCUUCAACAGUUCACCAUUGGGCCCAGAUGCACCUAAGAUAGAGGAUCUGAAGUGGCAUUCAGCUUUCUUCAGAAAGCAAAUGGGCAUGUCAUUGAGUCACUCAUUGAAAAAAACACAGAAGAGAGAGAGAAUGAGGAGGAACUCUGGGCACGAUGACAAAUCUUUACUCAAGCAGCCCAGCCAAAGGGAAGGCCUUGCAACUCCCAGUAGCUUUUUCAGCUUUGAAAAGACCUUUGGAGAAGCACAAAUUGGAUCAGCACAACAGAAGAAUGGGGUUGUUAUAGCAGACCACAGGAAGAGAAGAGACAAUCAUUCCCAUUGUGAUGUGAUGAAGGUAGGACUGAAGGAAAAAUCUUCUAAACACAACCACAAACCCCUGAGAUCCAACGAACUGUCUCAGAGGCAAUUAGAAAACAAACGGGCCGUGAACCACCCAAGUGGCAGGUCAGCGCCUGGAACCCGGAGGGAUAUGGUGCCUAAAUGCAAUGGAUCUUUUUUCAAAAUAAACUAUAAUCCCACUCCGGUUAAAGUGCCUACAACACCCAGAAGCCCUGUGAAAAACUGGGGAGGAUUCCGAAUUCCAAAGAAAGGGGAAAGACAACAGCAGGGAGAAGGGCAGGAGGAGACAUGUCGCCAAAAUUCUAACUACCCUUACUCGGGCCUGGGUCGAGUUUCCCCUAAAGGCAGGGCAAACCUAAAGGUGGACAGUGAGAAUGACGGGUAUGCCCCUGAUGCUGAGAUGAGUGAUUCAGAAACCGAGAUGGCUGAGAAGAAAUGCAGGCAGCAAAGGCUCAGUUCAAAUAGCACUAUUCCUAGGAGGACAGACAUUAUUAGGAGAAGUAUCCUUGCCUCCUGACUAGACAGUGACACACACUAGCAGCACCAGAGUCAGUGAAGCCCCAGCCUGGGAAGAAAAUCCACUCUGCAUUAUUUAUUGGUGUGACGAGGAGGGUCUUUAGACACGGCUAUGAGAUCAGCCAACAGUGAACCUAUUUUCUCUGGGCUGUAGAAAUAUGUUUAUGUGCACUUGACUAAGAGUUUGCCCUCCACCUUUCUUUAUGUCUGUGAGUUUAGAACCAUUUUUAUUUGCAACUUUCCUGAAGAAAUCACCUGAGAAGAUGACCUUGCUCCUCCAAUUGAUCAAUAAGCUGAACACUAAUUAAAAAAUGAAAUAAGAAUCAAACACUUAAUGGGGAUAUAUUUUUGUGAGGAAACUCUAGUUUAGGUGAAAGGUACGGAGGAUUUUCCUCUGUCCCUGAAAAGCACAAGCUGUUAGUACACAAGGAUAAUGAAUUAAUAAUGGUGGUUAUAAUCGCCCUGCGCUGCUUAACUCAUUCUAAAUUGUCACUUUUGUGAGGCUGUGCUAGGACUAAGUCCUAGAAGUCUGCAAUUUUUGUUGUUUUAGAAUUCAGGUGGUAGAUGCUUAUGAAGCUUUAUUAAGAGUUUACCCACAAAAUGCAUCAAGCAGGUAAGAGGAAUUUGCCAUGACUAUUAGCUACCUGAAGGGAUAGAACCAAGCUGCCCGAUUGUUAAAGCAGUAACAGCAGCACAGUGCUAUUGUGAAGGAACCCAGACUAAGAGUGUUCGAAAACUACUCAGUUCCCCUAAUUUGGAGAGUGUCUAUGUCUUAAAGUACUUUAAAGGAAGGCAGAUUUGUAGCCUGCUAUAUUAUGCUGGCACCUGCCCAUCUGAUGACAAUUCAAGUGGGAAAGACCGAGCGUGUCUACAAUGCAAAGAUUAAAUAGAUUUUGCUGUCAUGGUCCCCUCCUUUCUCGUCCCCUCUUCACCCUGAGAAUUGGAACUCUGUGAUGGAUGACAGAUUUUUCAACGAAGAAUUCUCAGCAUCUCAUCACACAAUUCCCAGGUUCCUUGGGAGAAGCUGUGACAGGUAAACAGGCUGAAAUUUGCCAUGAAGAUAUGCCCAAAUUUCUAAAGGUGCUAGUCAGCAGCCUUUCCCAAUGUGCACUAAUGGUAUGUAUUGGGAUAUGCAAUUUUCUGACACACAAGGGUUACUUUAAAUAAAAAGAGAAGGGUGAAAUAAAUAUAUAUGUAUAUUUUUUGAAUACAAUGGAAAGGCAAUAAGAUGUGAGUAGCGCUUUACAUUCAAGCCGAUUUAACAGCAUGAUUUCAUUAUAUGGAUUAGAUUUGACCAAGAAGGAGCUUGUGUUCUGAUUAAAUCAUUUAAAAAUUGCAAUAACUAAAAGAGAGUAAGCCAUCAGCAAUAAGAUGAACAGAUCAUUCAGUCUAUUUUUUGCACCUUUAGAGAUGGUGUCUCUAUAGAGAGUGCAUCUAUAAUACAUAUGACAACAGGUAGUUUUGGGCUCCUGUAACGUUUGGGACUUAAUUUGGAUGUAAAAUCAGACAUAACCUUAUUAUAAGAAAGUUUAAAAAGCAUUACCGUAUAGUCCGGCGUAUAAGACGACUUUUUAACCCAAAAAAAUCCUCUCAAAAGUUGGGGGUCGUCUUAUACGCCCAGUCGUCUUAUACGCCGGAAUAUUUCUCCUGCUUGCAGCCUGGCCCGGUGUCCCCUCCCCUGAGGGGAAUCCCCAUUGCUCCUCCGUCCCCGCCAUCUCCGCCUCCUCCACUGUGGCGAAGGCGGCGCCCUGCGCGGCCUCCUCCGCCUCCUCCUCCGUUGCAAAAUGGCGGCCGGGGUGGGGAGCAGCAGCAGCAGCAGCCUCCCUGCGUCCUUCUCCUCCGUGGCAGCCUCGCCUGCGCCGCCUCCCGCCGCUGCUGCUGCUCCUCCGCCCGC